AAAAUAAUUGCAAUACAAGGUAGUACCCAGUAACUAGCUACGCGACGCGAAAACUGCGGUAGCUUGGGUACAUGUAAAUAUAUACUUAAAUUCUUAAGAGUACCACUACAGUCUACUACUUAUUACUACACACUAAAGCAUAGGCACCUACAUAUAUCAGUACAUACUAAGUAAUUUCAAUAUCUUACCUGCUUGCUUUAUCAUAUCUUGGAGGGAUAAAGUGGUGAUAUGCACGGGCCGUUUUGCAAUAUAUGAACCCUUUUAUUUAUUAACCAAACAUACAACAGCCAUGAUCUCGAUUAUCUCAGACGAAGUACUCGAAGCCGCCCGGGAGAUGAACAGGCGCGAUGUUCGUCGAGCCGAGGGAGUUCUUAACGAUGAUGACAGGGAAAUCGCCAACGCCGACUCGCCCAUGAAAGAGGACGAUAAGAUCUGGGCAAAAUACCAAGGCAUCACCGGCCUAAAAGGUGUCCGGGGCAAGCCCAUCAAAGUUGGGAGUUCUCAUUACUCAUAUGGACCCUACUCUCGCAACCGACGAAUUCUAGCAGACGUCGCGCUUGCUGCUGGGUGGGAUGUUGAGGAGGCGAGGCACUUUGAAGAGCGAUGCGUCACAAGGAUGGCUAUACACGAGAAGAAUGUUGUGGCGUUGGACCUCUCCGAUCCGAACGAACCCAAGUUAAAAAACGGCAGGCCAUUCACCUUCCAGAAUAUUCCGUGGCCCUUUCUUCGGCGCUACAUCGAAGCUGUGAUGAGAAAGAUGGACCCAGAUAAGCGGAGAGACGUCAAAGCAGCCGUCUUGAAUCUAUAUGAAGUCAACUCUAAAACUGGCAAGAAAGUCUUGCCAGCCCACUCACCCGGUCUCAAACGGAUUAGCGACGAUGACUUGCCUGUCUACGAUGCUGACCUGAAGCGCGCGCAGGAUGAGCUGGACAGAAUAGGUCGCCCUUACGCAAUGCUACGAAUGGCGUUUGAUCGAAGAUACGUACCGCCUGUCGAAGUCAAGAAAGACAUCAAAGAUUACCUCUUGUCUAGUAGCAUGUCCAAAGAAGACUUUUGCAGAGCCACUGAUGUGACAGAGGAUGAAUUUGACGCUUUCAUGCUCAAGGGGUAGCAGGAUUCACAAUAGAUAGCAAAGUCUUCCACAAUGCAUCCCUGUUCAUCAACCGUCAAAAUGAGGAUAAGGGACUCGCAAAUAAGAAGAAAUAAUA